AUGCUCACUCGUUCAUUAUUAUCAAGGAUCAGUCGAUUGGUGUCUUCAUCGACAUACAACAACACCAACAAUGUUGUCCCAAUAACUACAACAACAACAUUCAUUCAAACUCAUAACUCAAAGUUGAAUAACAAUGUUGGUGCUCGUAGCUUGUUGCGAUCAUACUCCUCUUCUUCUUCCUCAUCUUCUUCAUCAUCGACAUUAGAUCCAAAACAACAACAAGUUAUCAAUGAUAGGAAUGAAUCAAUUGACUUUCAGAAUAGUGUAGAGAUAAGAGGAUUGCCAUCAUCAGUGACACGUGAUGAUAUUGUUGAUAUGUUCAAAGGAUUGUCAAUAUCAAACAAUGGCAUAAAGAUGGUGUUUGAUGAUAUAGAGAAUGAAGGCUUUGCAUUCAUCACCUUUGACACUUCAGUGGACAAGCAGCGUGCCCUCGCCACCAAGCCCACACUGAUCGUCACUGGCACACCAACCGACGUUCAGAUCUAUCCCCUGUCAAUCAGCAAGACCGAUUGGAAAUCGAUUAGCAAGUCAUCCUAUAUGAAUAGGACUGCGAUCACCAAUCAUCUGUGGCGCUCAAGGACUCCACUGUUCAAUGUCAAGUCCAAGUCCAAGGGCGAUCAGACUCAGCCCAUCUCUAGGUCACUCGUGGACAAGGCACCUCAAGAGAGCUACACAGAGAUCUACCUGCACUUCAACACUGAUCUCCAACUUCGUGAGAUGUACCUCAGUCCCUACGGACAUCUCCGUGUCGGUCGUUUUCUCGAGGAUCUCGAUGCUCUCGCUGGAACUGUUUCUUACAAACAUGCUGAGGACACUACUGAGGAGAAGGUGUACACUAUUGUCACUGCGUCUGUGGACAGGAUACACUUGCUGAGACCUUUGAACCCUCAGAAUGACAUCAAGAUGGAUGGAAUUGUCACUUGGGUCGGAAAGAGUUCGAUGGAGAUCAUGAUCAAGGCAAGAGCAUUGAAUAGCGAGACGGGCCAGUGGGAGGGACUGCUCGUGGCCUACUUCACAAUGGUGGCCAGAGACCCAUUCACCAAGAAGUCUGCGCUGGUCAACAGAUUGGUGCCGACCAACGAGAAGGAGACCAGACAGUUUGAUGAUGGCGAGAAGCACAAGUCCAGCAGACUGGACUACGCCAAGAAAUCUCUGCACAACGUGCCACCCACCAAUGACGAGCUGCAGAUCAUCCACGACCUGUUCAUGCGAUCCAAAGACGACAAGACCAAAUACAAUUGGCUGCCAAUGCAGUCCACGUCGCUGCAGACCGUCAUCCUCUGUCAGCCACAGGAGAGGAACAUGCACGGCAACAUAUUCGGAGGCUACCUCAUGAGAAAGGGAUUCGAGAUUGCUUUCACCACGUGCUUCCUCCAGUUCAACAGCUCCAUUCCUCAGUUCCUCGGCAUGGACGACAUCACAUUCCUGUUGCCCGUGGACAUUGGCAACAUCCUCACACUGGAGGCCACCAUUGUCUACACCGAGACCGUGGAGGACAUUAGUUAUGUACAGGUCGAGGUCUUUGCAUAUGUGUCCGUGCCUCUACAAGGCGGUCCCGAGAAGAAGUUGUCCAACACAUUCAACUUCACAUUCAUUUGCAAGGAGUCUGUACAAGACAAGCCAAAGAGAGUCCUUCCUCAAUCCUACGCAGAGGCCAUGCGUCACCUUGGUGGCAAGAGAAUAGUGGACAGACAGAAGCACUAUUCAAAGGAUGACGUUGAGAUCUGGAAGUAA